AUGUCCCCGUCGCCGACGGGCGACUCCCCGCCCACAGCCCUCAACCACUCAACUAGACCCUUCCCUAUCCCAUCCCGUAAAAGCUUCCAUGUCGAUGUGCCUGGUGCAUCAUUGAUCUCCAAUGGCGCAAGUCUCGGACUCAAGUCUCCAUCGGAUUUGGCGCCGCAAAGAGCGGCCAGUUUCUCCCGGGACGGUAUGCUCGGAGCAACAGGGGCUGGCCGUCCCGUCGGGUCUUCUCAGGUCGCUCUCACGGAUUCUCUCUUGAAUGGCCUCGCAAAGUCUUCAAGCGAUGAGGGAUCUAAUCCCCUCAAGAGGAGAAACACCGAUGUUGGAGUCGACUAUCCACGCCGGAGGGCCACAAUUGCUUGUGAGGUCUGUCGAUCAAGAAAGUCGCGCUGCGAUGGGAAUAAGCCCAAGUGCAAGCUCUGCUCCGAGCUCGGUGCUGAAUGCAUCUAUAGAGAGCCGGGGAUCAAGCUGGAUGCUGGCGACAAGUUGAUUCUAGAGCGUCUCAACCGUAUCGAGACGCUCAUUCAGUUAAACAUGGUCAAUAACUCAGCGACUGGGAUCAACCUGAGUUCGGACUCGCCCUCAAUGAGCAACGGCACAAUGAACGGCGAGAGUGCAUUGUUGAACCCGGGCAGCCAACAUGCAUUCACCAACCUCAUCCCCAAUGGUGGCUUUGGGACUUGGACGCAACAGCCCACCACAACCAACAUCAACACUAUGCCCAAAAUCCACACCAAUGCAGCCAUGCAUCUACUGCAAUGGCCUCUCAUUCGUGAUCUUGUUUCACGCCCCUAUGACCCUCAGAUACUGCUUCAACUGGAGAUGGCAAGGGAGCCGUUACACUCACUGACGAAAACGCCUUGUGUGGAUUUAUCCAAUACCCAGGCCUAUAUCGAGGCCUAUUUCGAGCGUGUUAAUAUUUGGUACGCUUGCGUCAAUCCGUAUUCGUGGAGAAGUCAAUACCGCACUGCCCUGUCCAACGGGUUUCGAGAAGGCUCUGAAAGUUGCAUUGUUCUUCUUGUUCUGGCUCUUGGCCAAGCAAGCCUUCGAGGAAGCAUCUCACGAAUUGUUCCUCAAGAGGAUCCUCCCGGUUUGCAAUACUUCACCGCAGCUUGGUCCCUUCUUCCGGGCAUGAUGACUACAAAUACAGUAUUGGCUGCACAAUGCCACCUCCUGGCUGCUGCUUACCUGUUCUAUCUUGUUCGCCCCAUGGAGGCGUGGAACCUUCUUUGUAGUACGAGUACGAAACUUCAGCUGCUUCUCAUGUCUCCCAACCGGGUGCCGGCUCAUCAGCGAGAGCUCAUCGAACGAAUCUAUUGGAAUGCAUUGUUGUUCGAAAGUGAUCUACUGGCAGAGCUUGAUUUGCCCCAUUCUGGUGUAGUUCAAUUUGAAGAAAAUGUCGGUCUGCCUGGCGGCUUUGAGGGCGAAGAGGGCGAGAAGGUCGGAAAGGAUGAGCUGUGGUACUUCCUUGCUGAAAUUGCACUGCGCAGGCUUCUCAACCGAGUUAGCCAACUGAUCUACUCGAAAGACUCUAUGGCUACGACCUCGAGCCUGGAGCCUGUUGUGUCGGAGCUAGACUAUCAGUUGACACAGUGGUACGAAAGCUUGCCCCUUGCGCUCCAGUUUCCUUUUACGCGAACGGUCCUACAGGACCAGGUGCAAACCGUCUUGCGGCUUCGCUUCUUUGCCUGCAGAACUAUCAUCUACAGGCCUUACAUUCUGGCCGUAUUGGACAAUGAGCAGGCGGUCCUGGAUCCAGUCGUGCGUGAGAAUUGUCACAAAUGUCUUGAAGCCUCCAUCAGGCAACUCGAGCAUAUUGUAGAACACCAUGCCGGCCAUAUGCCCUACAUUUGGCAAGGGGCCUUGUCGAUGGUAUCGCAGACACUUCUGGUUAUGGGGGCUUCGAUGUCACCAUCUCUUCUAAAUAUUAUCCUAACGUUGCUUCCGCACCGCGAAGCACUCGACCAAAUGAUCAACGACGUCAUUAUCGAGGUUGAAAGUUACGCAAUGCUUGCCCCAAGUCUCAGUCUUGCAGCAGAAAUCAUUAAAGAGGCAGAGUUGAGGAGGCGAACGCUCCUCAGCACGUAA